AUGGCAAAUAGUUCAGCCAACACUAUUGCUACUUUUCCACCAGUGGAAAAAUGUAACUCUAUAGGGAGAGGAAACCACACUAUUGUGGCAGACAUGGAUGGAACUUUGCUCAUAGGGCGAAGUUCCUUCCCAUACUUUGCCCUAAUAGCCUUUGAGGUCGGUGGGUACCUAAGGCUCCUCUUCUUUCUCUUGGCAUCCCCAUUGGCUGCCAUUCUAUACCACUUUGUCUCCGAGUCUGCGGGAAUUCAAGUCCUCAUCUUCACCUCUAUGGCGGGAAUGAGGUUUUCCAGUAUAGAGUCCGUAGCCCGUGCUGUGCUCCCCAAAUUUUACUCUGAGGACCUCCAUCCGGAGACAUGGCGCGUGUUUUUGUCGUGCGGACGAAAGUACGUCCUCACGGCAAAUCCACGGGUGAUGGUAGAGCCAUUUUUGAAGGAGAUGUUGAGUGCGGACAUGGUUUUGGGGACAGAGUUAGGAAGUUAUAAGGGAAGAGCUACCGGACUUGUUCGCAAGCCUGGAGUUCUUGUUGGAAAAAAUAAAGAAGAUUUACUAAAACAAACCUUUGGUGAUGAGAGACCAGAUAUUGGACUUGGAGAUAAACUCACUGAUGCUCCUUUCAUGGCUCUGUGCAAGGAAGCAUAUAGUGUCCUUCCAAAACCAAAAUUGAAGGCAGUGCCAAGUGGGAAGCUUCCAAAACCCAUAAUAUUUCAUGAUGGAAGGCUUGUCCAAAAGCCAACACCUCUGAAUGCAUUGCUAACACUCCUUUGGAUCCCUUUAGGGUUUCCCUUAGCCUGCCUCCGCUUGGCUGCCGCAACUCUCCUCCCUAUGUCACUUGCCUACUAUGCUUUAUGGCUUCUUGGCGUUUAUGUCACCGUCAAAGGAACGCCACCUCCGCCAGCAAAUAAAUCCAACUGCGAAGAAGGUGGUUUCCUCUUCGUAUGCAACCACAGAACCAUGACUGACCCUUUUUUCCUCUCCAUAGCCCUUGGUCGCCCUAUACCGGUGGUAACCUACUCAAUCUCCCGCUUCUCAGAGAUAAUCGCACCGAUCAAGACAGUUAGGUUAAGACGCGACCGAUCCACAGAUGCUUCCAUGAUUAAGAAGCUUCUACAAGAGGGUGACCUUGUAAUUUGCCCCGAAGGGACAACUUGUAGGGAACCUUUCCUUCUAAGGUUUUCGGCCUUGUUCGCCGAGUUGACCGACGAAUUGGUGCCAGUGGCAAUGGUGAAUAGGAUGAGCAUGUUCCAUGGAACAACUGCUAGAGGGUGGAAAGGGAUGGAUCCACUCUUCUUCCUCAUGAACCCUAGCCCAGCGUAUGAGGUAACAUUCUUGAACAAGUUGCCUAAGGAGUUGACUUGCGGGUCAGGUCGGAAAAUGAGCAUUGAUGUAGCCAAUUACAUUCAGAGCCUCAUUGCUGAAACAUUGUCAUAUAAAUGCACAAGCUUCACUAGGAAAGACAAGUAUAAGGCUCUUGCUGAUAAUGAUGGAACUGUUCCUAUUGACAAAAACCCUAUUCUUAAGGCCAACAAAAUCAUGGGUUGCUAA